AUGGCAUCCUUCUCAAAUGCCACAGAAGCAACCACUGUGCCCCAGCAAGUGUGGCAUCCUAAUCUCAAAUGCUGCAAAAGAAACCACUGUGCCCCAGCAACAGAAGGAACCGACUGCGUGCCCAGCAAGUGUGGCAUCCAGCUCAAAUGCCCCUGCAGCAGAAGGAACCGACCGCCGUGCCCCAGCAAGUGUGGCAUCCAGCUCAAAUGCCCCUGCAGCAGAAGGAACCGACUGCCGUGCCCCAGCAAGUGUGGCAUCCUGCUCAAAUGCACCAGAAGCAACCGACUGCCAUGCCCCAGCAAGUGUGGAAUCCAUUUCACACACCAGAAGCAAACGACUGCCAUGCCCCAGCAAGUGUGGAAUCCAUUUCACACACUGCAGAAGCAACCGACUGCCAUGCCCCAGCAAGUGUGGAAUCCAUUUCACACACUGCAGAAGCAACCGACCGCCGUGCCCCAGCAAGUGUUGCAUCCUACUCAAAUGCCCCUGCAGCAGAAGCAACCGACCGCUGUGCCUCAGCAAGUGUGGAAUCCAUUUCACACACUGCAGAAGCAACCGACCGCCUUUCCCCAGCAAGUGUUGCAUCCUACUCAAAUGCCCCUGCAGCAGAAUCAACCGACCGCCGUGCCUCAGCAAGUGUGGAAUCCAUUUCACACACUGCAGAAGCAACCGACCGCCAUGCCCCAGCAAGUGUGGCAUCCUGCUCUAAUGCCCCUGCAGCAGAAGCAACCGACCGCCGUGCCCCAGCAAGUGUGGAAUCCAUUUCAUACACUAAAGAAGCAACCGACCACCGUGCUCCAGCAAGUGUGGCAUCCUGCUCUAAUGCCCCUGCUGCAGAAUCAACCGAACGCAGAGCCCCAGCUGGGGUGGCAUCCUGCUCAGUUUCCCCAGCAGAAGCAACUAGCCCCUAAGCCUCUACUGCAGAAGGAACCAACCACCAUAACCCAGCAACCUCAGCAGGUGUGGCAUCCAGCUCAAAUGUCCAAGAAUCGAACAUCCACUGAACCUCAGCAGCAGAAGCAACCAUCCACCACGCCCCAGCAAGUGUGGCAUCCUGCUCUAAUGCCCCUGCAGCAGAAGCAACCGACCGCCGUGCCCCAGCAAGUGUGGAAUCCAUUUCAUACACUGCAGAAGCAACCGACCACCGUGCCCCAGCAAGUGUGGCAUCCUGCUCUAAUGCCCCUGCAGCAGAAGCAACCGACCGCCGUGCCCCAGCUGGGGUGGCAUCCUGCUCAGUUUCCCCAGCAGAAGCAACUAGCCCCUAAGCCUCUACUGCAGAAGGAACCAACCACCAUAACCCAGCAACCUCAGCAGGUGUGGCAUCCAGCUCAAAUGUCCAACAAUCGAACAUCCACUGAACCUCAGCAGCAAAAAGCAACCAUCCACCACGCCCCAGCAAGCGUGGCAUCCAGCUCAAAUUCUGAAUCAGAAGCAACCGGCCCCUGA